AUGGCAGCCAUCGUCGGUGACUUCAACGCCGACCCACAUGAGCUGCACCAAUUCGACGUCUGGCGCACCUAUGGCUGGGAGCAUGCACAACAGCUCUCCCAUCAACGCUGGAGCACUCCCAUUGUCCCCACUUGCAAAGGGGCCACGCAACGCGACAUGAUCUGGCUUUCGCCCGCCCUUGCUUCUCACUGCAGCCAGGUCAACACCAACGACCUCUCUGCCUCCUUUGAGCUUCCGCUCACUACUUCCACCUACUUUUCCUGGCCACUUCCUUCCAGGCUUCCCUGGACUGAUACCACUACGUUGCCCUCGCAUGACUCGCACUUCACCCCCUUUGCUACUGGCAACAAUACCACCCACUUCUUCCGCAGCUUCUCACAGCAGUUUGACCAAGCCGCUGCUGACUACAUCACCAACACGCAGGCUUCUACUCUACCGCCUGCUUGUCUCGGACGGGGCCAGCGCACUUCUCCUAUGGUCAAGACGGCCCAUCCUCCUCGUUGCCGUCCUCAUAGGCCAGGCGAAGCGGCUCUUUGCUACGACUUGCCCGGCCGCUCGGUGCUCCAGUGGUACAAGCAACUCCGGCGGCUCCAGUCCUACUGUCAUGCCAUUCAUGCAGGUCAACAGCACACUGAUGCACAGCUCUACCGUACCUUGCUCUGGGCAGCUGUCCGCAGGGCCCGUGGCUUCUGUCCUACCUUCUCGAGCUGGUGGGCACGCCAGGACUUUAUAUCAGUCACUGGCCCAUUCCCUUGCAACCCGCCCCCGGCUCCUCUCGCUGAUCUCAUCUUCGCUGCUUUCCAUCUCCGCUUUCGGGAGUUUGAGCAAUGGCACAUCCAACAGCGAUGCUCCAUCCUAAAAGCCAAACGCGCCACCACCUCUGCAGGCAUCUUCCAGGAUCUGCGUCCACCUCAGCGGGAACAGAUUGACUCCUUGUGGGUUGAGCAGGAGUUCACUGUCCUUGCCACGGAUGGAGACGGGCCGAUCCAGAUUCAACUUGAUGACACCCCGCAACCCGCGGGGUCCAACACAUGGGCAGUGGAUGGGGUUCCCACCCAUGUCACCGAACAGGUCAACGACGUCAUCACCGUUGACUCGACCUUGGUUCCUGCAGCCGGCGCUCUGGCUACACAACGCAAGCACUUCACUUCUCCCAGUGAGGUGCAGGAUCAGCUUCAGCUCCUCUGGGCCCCUCGUUGGCUCCAGGAUUCUGCUCCCGGCCUCGAUUUGAGCCUGUAG